AUGAAUGUUCUGCAGCUCCCUCAGCUUGAUGAGCUUCUCGAUGCCGUGUCCACCGACCCUUUUCCGUAUACCAAGAAAUUCGACGAAGCCAUCAAUGACCCCUUUUGUUUCCUGCAUACAUCUGGGACCACGGGGGUGCCCAAGCCAAUACCCUGGUCUCAUGGACUGAUCGGCACCAUGGAUGCAGUACGACUGUUACCACCAGGGGCCGAUGGUGAUUUGCCUCCGUGGACAACUGACUGGAAGACCGGCGAUACAAUCUACUCGUCUUUCCCCAUGAGCCACGGUGCCGGGAUUAUUAUGAAUAUUCUGAUGCCCGCCCUUUUUAACCUGCACUGCGUCUUCGGACCAGCGGGAGUCCUGCCCAAUAUCAAUCUGGUGGACGCUCUCGCAGUGAGCACUAGAAUCGAUAUCUGGAGCAUGGUACCGUCCCUUGUCGAUGAGUUGGGAGAAACUCCCGCAGUAUUGUCCAAGCUCAAAUCGUCCAAGUUCAUCUGUGCCUCUGGCGGUCCCGUCAGUCCCGUCAGCGCUGGCAAGGUCAACGAGGUAAUACGAGUCCUGAACUUGACUGGGACAACCGAGGGUCUGUUUAUGGGUAACCUCAUACCACCAAGAGAGGAUUGGUUCUGGUUUUGCUUCCAUCCGUAUUCCGGCUUUGAGUUCAAGCAAGUCGAGCCGGACACAUACGAGCACUGGGUGCAUCGCAACGAGCACUGGCCCCUGUUCCAGGGCAUCUUCCACACUUUCCCCGAGAAGCAGUCGAUUAACUUCAAGGACCUGUACGUGAGACACCCCACCAAGCCCAAUCUGUGGGCCUUCAAGGGGAGAAGCGACGAUCUCGUUACGGAAGCCUUCAUCACGACCCAUCCCGCCAUCAAAGGAUGCCUUGUUUUCGGAACUGGGAAGCCCCAGGCAGGUCUACUGAUUGAGCUGAAAGACCCGUUGCAGAAGACCGACGAGCUCCUCGACAGCAUUUGGGAAACAGUCCAACAGGCCAACUCCAUGUCUCGGCACAAAAACCAGCUGCUGAGGGACUUUGUGGCUUUUGCAACGCCAGACAAGCCAUUUUGCCGCACCGACAAGGGCACAGUGAAACGAUCCGCCACACUGAAGCUUUAUGCCGACUACAUUGAGCGUUUCUACCGCUCACGCAACGACGAUCUCGGCGGCACUUUCGACUUCGACAUGAGCUCGGCCCACUCAAUCGAGGACAAUGUCCGCAAGAUCCUCGCCGCUUCGCUCCCUGAUGUCCAGGAGGCCUCUGCAGACACGGACCUGUUUGCGCUUGGGCUUGACUCGCUCGGUGUCUUUGCGGCCAUCAAGACCAUCCGGGCAGCUACGGGGCUAGGUGACCAGAUUGGCCCUCGGCAUAUCUACGCCAAUCCAACCAUAGCCCGCCUUUCUGCGAUUAUCGCACUUCUGGCGGCCGCGGCGGAGAGUGCCAGCGACACUACCUUAUGUGAAAGACCAGUGGACGAUGUCGGGGCCCAGAUCGCGCGGAUGAUUGCCCAGCACAAGGCGCGGCAAUCGUUCAGCUUGAACGCGUUCGACUAUGUCAACCCGAACCACGGCAUGGGCUUGGUCUUGUACUUCCCAAUACGCGACGGGGUCAGUUACGAGCAAGUAUUUGCGAACCUGCAGGCCGGUCUCAACCGCACGUUUGAUCUGAUUCCCGCCCUCAGCGGCAAGAUGACGGACUGCUCGGAGCAAGGGAUCGGCUACACCAAAGGAGACCUCUGCGUCACCAUUCCCCCCCUUGCCAAGGCCGAUUCGGCACGCAAUCGUCUGGUCUACAAGGACCUCUCUGCUGUUCUUCCGUCAUUCGACGACUUGCGCAAAGGAGGCUUCGCGCCGUCCGCCUUCAGCGACACUCUUGCCAAUUUUGUUUCCGGGGGGUGUAUUCUUGCCGUCGACCUUAACCAUUGCUGCCUCGACGGUCUCGGCGCCAUGGUCGCUCUCAAGGCCUGGGCCGAGAACUGCAGAUAUUUGCAGGGCGAUCAGUCGGCAACCUGCGGCUGGUAUGACCCCGAGAGCUUCAACCACAGCUUGCCGGAAAUUCUCCAUCGGCAGGAAGGCUGGGCCCGGCCGCUUCAUGAGAUCGACCCUGGUACAUGGGGCUUCCUGCCAUUCUUUCCCCCGGAGGAUGAGGAGACGAACCCCAGAUGCGAGAAGGCAACGGAAGGAUCUCUUCCUGCCCGACCUAUCUUCCCUCUCCAUCCCGUCUGGCCGCUGCCGCGCGCCGAGCGAUGCCUAAAGACCACCAUGUUCCUCGUCACGCCUGAGAAGCUGGAGCUGCUGCAACAAGACGUCAUCGCCGACCCCGCCACCAACGGCAUCACUCCAUCCAUCAGCGACAUCGUGCAAGCCUUCUUCUGGCGCGCCGCCAUCAAGGCACGAUACCGCGUCGCCACGGAGAUCCGCAAGCAGAAGUUCAGCCCGGACGCCGUCUCCAUCCUCGAGCUCCCCACCGACACCCGGCCGCAUUUCUCGUCCCGCCUCCCACCAACCUAUAUGGGCAGCAUGCUCAUCCUCAACCGCACCAGCAUGCCCAUCGAGACCCUCUGCUCCGCCGAGACCAGCAUCGCCAAAGUCGCGCUGCUCCUCCGCCAAUCCGCCGCGCGCAUCACCCCGUCGCUCGUGCACGACGCCUUCACACUCCUGCAGUCCCUCCCCGGCCACCGCCGGUUCUCCACCGCCAACAUGGGCCUCGAGCACAUGCACGCCAUGAUCUCCAAUAUGCUGCUCUUCCCGACCAGCGAGAUCGGCUUUGGAGACGCCUUCUUCGCGAACGGGGGCGUGCCGGAGACAAUGCGGCCGCAGCUGGAGCGCGGCAACGGGCGGUUUCGAUUCUUGGCUGUCUUCCCUCUGAGGAAGGAUGGAGGGGUGGAGCUGGUCCUGGGCACGCACCGGGAGGAGUUGGAGAUGCUCGUGACGGACGAGGAGUUUACGAGGUAUGCGCGUAUGGUCGAUACCUGCUGUUGA